AUUCAGCCCGCAACACACCCAGAGAGCGGGCAGAGACUCGACCGUCCGGGACCCUCGACUCGAAAAAAAGAUCCAUCCAGGGUGUCCUCAAUCAACAGGAAACAUUAACCUUCGCUUCCACUUCCAUACAUCAUCCCACCUUCUCCCACCUCCAAACCACACCUUUCGUCCUCGGGACACACCACCCUAUUCCCUUCUAUCACCAUCGCAGCCCAUCGUCCUGUUCUUCAUACUUGACAGGUCGUCGUUAAUUCCCGCCAAGAGGCCAUAGUAAUCACUUCCCCCCCUUUUCACAACGCUCCAGUUCUUGCACCGGUUGUAGCAAGCCGCCUUUCCAGCUUCUUCCUUCCUUCUUACACUCGUUGAACAACCCUUUCUGCGAUACGCUCGUUGUCUAUCACGACCGUUACGACCGACACUUCCACCAACACAACCACCACCAAACCAGCAAUCAUGAAGGCUCUUAUUCUCGUCGGCGGCUUUGGCACUCGCCUUCGCCCUCUCACCUUGACCAUGCCCAAGCCCCUGGUUGAGUUCGGCAACAAGCGUAUGAUUCUGCACCAGAUCGAGGCCCUUGCGGCAGCCGGUGUUACCGACAUCGUUCUCGCCGUCAACUAUCGCCCUGAAAUUAUGGAGAAGUACUUGGCUGAGUACGAGAAGCAGUUCGGUAUCAACAUUACCAUCUCUAUCGAAAGCGAGCCCCUGGGCACUGCUGGUCCCCUGAAGUUGGCCGAGGACGUCCUCAGGAAAGACGACACUCCCUUCUUUGUCCUCAACUCCGACGUUACCUGCGAAUAUCCCUUCAAGGAGCUCGCCGCCUUCCACAAGGCCCACGGUGACGAGGGUACCAUCGUGGUGACCAAGGUGGAGGAGCCUUCCAAGUAUGGUGUCGUCGUCCACAAGCCCAACCACCCAUCUCGCAUCGACCGCUUCGUUGAGAAGCCCGUGCAGUUCGUCGGCAACCGCAUCAACGCCGGCCUCUACAUCUUCAACCCCUCAGUCAUUGACCGCGUUGAGCUGCGGCCCACCUCCAUCGAACAGGAGACCUUCCCUGCCAUGGUCAGGGACGGUCAAUUACACUCUUUCGACCUUGAGGGCUUCUGGAUGGACAUCGGUCAGCCCAAGGAUUUCCUGACGGGUACCUGCCUCUAUCUUUCCUCCCUUACCAAGAAGGGCUCCAAGGAGCUCGCCCCCACCACUCUGCCCUACAUCCACGGCGGCAACGUUCUUAUCGACCCCUCAGCGAAGAUCGGCAAGAACUGCAGAAUCGGACCCAAUGUUACCAUUGGCCCCAACGUUGUCGUUGGCGACGGCGUCCGUCUGCAGCGCUGUGUGUUGCUCGAAGGAUCCAAGGUUAAGGACCACGCUUGGGUCAAGAGCACCAUUGUUGGCUGGAACAGCACGGUUGGCAAGUGGGCCCGUCUCGAGAACGUAACAGUUCUCGGCGACGAUGUCACCAUUGGCGACGAGAUUUACGUUAACGGCGGCAGCAUUCUGCCACACAAGACCAUCAAGGCCAACGUCGACGUACCGGCCAUUAUCAUGUAAACGAAGCCAUCUAGUCCUGACUUUCCGCGACCGUAACGAUGACGAGACGAGCUACCAUAAUCAUUCAUCUUAAUUUCUUCGAAAAAUAUACCACCUUUUUAGAUCUUUUCUCGACACCGCCAUACCUUUUUCACCUCUUCGACUUUUUACCUGCCUUACUUCUCUCUCGUGACUCGGCUCCUACCAUCUGUGCCGUUGCUGAAUGACGCAAAAAAAGAAAUACAACCCUCCGGUCUCCUCCGCUUUCUCCCCUCUUCGAUCUUGAUAUUCUUCUCGGUUUAACGCAUUUUGUUUCAUCGUCCGCAACAAACGGUGCCUUGCGCGGAACGAUUUUACGGCGGAUGACUUCUCAAGAUAGUUCUCGAUACGCGGGCCCGAAUCAUGCUAUACUGUAACGACAUUUUUCUGAGCAUGUGGUAAUAUGGUAUGCGAGGCCGGAUUUGUUGCAUGCGAAUUCGCCCUUGGGGAGAGAAAGGACGACGCAUUUCCGGGGGGACUUGAAAAAAGGGCAUGGGAGAGCAAAAAGGAGUCUGGACGAUGGCAACGCUUGCUGAAAAGGUUCUGUUAUGCCAUAGCAUGAAAUAUGGGUCAUUGGGGUGGUCAGACAUAACCAUGCAAUUGACUCGCAAUUGAACAAUUCCCCUCUCUCUCUCGACUUCAAGUGCCAUGUUGACAAUAUGGUGAUGUUUUGUAUAGGUUUGAUGAGGCUGUGGCCGUAUGUACCAGCAGUCACAUGUUAUUGACAGUUGAGGAAUGUAUAAGAGGAGAUCUUCCUCAUCAGUUGGCUCUCAGACGAGACCAAAAUGGAAGAGUGAACGGAAGAACAAAUGACGGGGAAGAUAUGCAAAGCAGUGUAGAAAGAAGACUUGUCAAGAGAAAAGGAAGAAGCUUGGGUCAUUAUCAUCAUAUCCCACUUCACGUCGGUGGGGGUUGAACUGGUUUGUUCUGCAAUGAGGCAAUGACGAUAUGUCGUAGGUAUACGUCGACAAAAUCUCCCACAAUGCCUCGGUCACACCAAAACACAUUGACAUAAGCUGCAGUUAGUAGCAUGUCUUCAUGUACCAUACCGUAUUUCAACUGCCUUGCC